AUGCUGCCCCAUUUUGUCGUGGGAAUUUCGAUUCUUGUCCUUGUGAUCAAGCGGCUUCAGCUGCACAUGCGUCAUGACGUCGAAGUCCUUCUUGACGCUAUUCAAGAAUACAGCGAUCAAUCACCAUUGGAUCCGGACCGCAAACCUAGCGCUGCGCAGCGCGUCUUUGAGACGGAAAACGCUGUCCUGAUCGACACCGCGCUGAGCAUAAAAGAAGACCUUACAAGUAAGGAGACGAUGAACAGUUUGAAUGGUAUGCGCGAGAGGAAACGUGCAUUUGAUUUACUCUUUUCUGCUAUUUUAUGUCUCUCACAUGCACUCGGAUCGCUGCUCCUGCCCCAGGCAGAGUGGGAGCAGCAUUGGUGCUUGCUCUGGGUCUAUGCCACCACGCUUGCCGUCUAUUCUUACAGAACUGGGACAAGAAUCUCGAUUAGCAUGACCAUGAUCAGCACCGUGUACUUUUUAGUGAGCUUAUCUAACCUGCGCACGGUAAUCUUGUCGUUUGACAGUUACGCCGUCGCUGUGCUGACUGCAGGCCAAACGUGUCUGGCGUCCUUUAUGUUUUAUCUCUCCGUUUUCACACCUUUGUCAUUGGAUCCCCCACAAGGCCUCAACAUACUGCGGCAUGGCUUUCGGAAGCGUAAGCGGUACGGUGAAUUCCGCACAACAGUGCCCACGCCGCGACAUGCUCGCGAAGGCAUGGACCUCGGCGAACCUUUGCCGAACCUUUCGCGGGACACUGCUCCGUCGCCACCGCCGAUCGAACAACACGCAUCGAUUUUGAGCCGAUGCACUUGGACUUUUGUCCAACCAUUCAUCCUGAAACAUUACAAAGAGCCCAUCACGUUUUCUGCUAUUCCAGAGCUUUUGCUCGGCGAUCGCGCAGCACCAGUCAUUGCCAUGUUCCGUGCGCAGGACACGAAUCCAGGCAAGACGCCAGUGCUGCCUACCAAGCCAAUCUGGCGCCGUCUUGUCGUCAACUUCUCUCCGUACAUUACGUACCAAAUGGUGUGUGCCAUGUUCGACGCGAUUAUCAAUGUCGCUCCCGUCUACUUUUUGCAGCGGCUGCUCAGUUUCUUCUCCGAGCGUGCUAAAGGAGGUUCACUACCGCUACACAUGGGUAUUAUGUUUGCGCUCUUUGGCUUUAUCAGCCAAUUCUUCUACUCUGUCUUCCAAUCGCAGAGUCUUAUGACUGGAAGGCAUAUCUGCCUGCAACUCCGCGCUGUGCUUACCUUUGAAAUCUUAAGCAAAACGAUGCGCAGAUCGACCAAUGUCCCUAUUUCACCAGAAGAAAGGCGCAACCAAGCAGAACUGCUCGAAGGACACGACGAUAAUGCAUCUGCGUCUGACGGUCAGGUCACGAAUCUUGUCUCGGUAGACGUGAGCAAGGUUGCUGAAUUUGCAGCGUAUUCGCAUUUCCUAUUUCCGCAGGAGCCCAUCAUGGUAACCCUUGGGUCUGUAUACCUCGUCAACUUGCUUGGCAAGUCCGCCGCGGUCGGUCUUGUAUUGCUCGUUAUUGCUUUGCCAAUUCAGGCAUAUAUUGCGCGACUUCUUGUCGCUGUGCAAACGCGUUUGCUUCGUGCAACGGACGCACGUUUGAAUUUGGCGGGCGAGGUGCUUGCUUGCAUCAAGACGGUCAAGUUUUUUGCGUGGGAAAAACCAUUCGAGCGCCGCAUGACCGAUACAAGAGCUCGGGAACUGCGUCUUUUGCGCGUUCACUUCUUGCUUACUGUGAUCGAGCAGGUACUGUUUGUUGCGACGCCCAUGUUGGUGGCCAUCGCGACGUUUGGUGCGCAUACGCUAAUCUUUCACCGCGAACUUGAUGCGUCCACUGCAUUCACCGCCCUGGCUUUGUUUAAUGUGCUCAAGAGCCCGCUCACCGAGAUUCCAUUCAUGAUCCAUUGGUUUCUUGGGUGCAUUGUCUCUAUACGCCGCAUUUCCAAGUACUUGGCGCAGCCAGACACGGAAAAGUAUGAGCAGCUGCUGGAUGACGAGCCAGAAGAGGCGGCAUCUGUCCCAGCUCCGAGAAAAUGGAUUGGCUUCCGUAAAGCGGUGUUUUCCUUCUCUGCCAAAGACAAAGACGAGCCAGACCAGUUUUUCUUGCACGACCUCAACUGCACAUUCCCGACCGAGAAGCUCAGCAUUGUGAGCGGCCCUGUCGGAAGCGGAAAAACUUCGCUGCUCCUUGCACUCUUGGGAGAAAUGCACCGCAUUUCCGGUAAGACUAUCAUGCCCUGCGCUAUUGCGCGCUCACUCGUUCCCCAUGAUCCACGCACUGGACUGGCAGAGACAGUGGCUUACUGCAGCCAAAGUCCUUGGCUUCUCGGUACAACUGUGCGCCAAAACAUUUUGUUUGGCGCCAAGUAUGACGAAGAGCGCUACCAGCAAGUGCUCGAUGCAUGUGCGCUUGGUCCUGACUUGGAGAUUCUUGAGUACCACGACGAGACAGAAGUGGGUGAAAAAGGAACGGCACUUUCUGGUGGGCAAAAAGCUAGGAUUGCUUUGGCCCGUGCAUUUUAUUCGAACGCCAAGUACCUUUUAGUGGACGAUGCGCUCUCUGCGGUUGAUGCACAAACCGCCCGGCACCUUGCUGAGAAGUGCUUUGCUGGUCCACUUGCCAAAAACCGGACCAUUGUGCUUAUUACGCAUGCCAUGUCGUUGAUGCUUCCUCUUGCUUCACACGCUGUUUGCUUUGACGAAGGUCGUAUCACUGGCGAAGGAGCGCCCACAGACCUUGUAUCCAAAGGGUUGAUCGACCUUUCAGUAGCUUCCGAUGAGCUGCGCGACAAACGGAGUGCGAGCGUUUCUGCCGAGCCGCAUGCAAGCGAGGAUGAAGAUCUUCGUGUGCAACGCAAGGAAAAGAUGGAGGAGCGGCGCGCGCGCAAAGCAUUUUCACAGCAAAACGAGGAGAAAAUAUUGCGCAAGAAAUCAAGUUUCUCUUUGUAUUGGCUGUACAUGGGGGCUGUAUCCAAGUAUACAAGCUUGGCCGUGUUGUUCUGGUGUACCCUAUUAUCUCUCUACAUUAGUAUCCGCGCUGCGGACAUUGGCAGUAGCGACUGGCUGCGUGAAUGGGCGGGCUCCUAUGAAGCUUUGAGUGUUGUACACACGAUGGCAAGUUGGUCUAACGCGUUAAAUACCGCGCCCAUUUCGGACGACACGGAGCGCACAAUGUAUUACAUGAAAGGGUAUGCGCUUUUCCUGUGCGCCUACAUUGCGCUCACCUUUUUGUGCAACGCCGUGCAGUAUACCGGCUCACUGAAUGCCUCUGCUCAAUUGUACAGCAAGUUUAUUCACUCCCUUUUGCUUGCCAAGCCGCAGUUUUACGACAAGACGCCGAUUGGCCGGGUAACGAAUCGUCUUUCUCGCGACGUGGAAGAGGUAGACCAGGAGCUGUCGCCAGUAAUGCAGCAAACUUUCAGCAAUUUGGUUGCGCUCGUCGCCAUCAUCGUUGUGAUCUGCUGGGCCACGCCGAGUUUCUUGUUUGUUCUUGUUUUUAUCCUGGCAUUGUAUGCUGCGAUUGGCACACUCUACCUAGCUUCCUCGCGCGAUUUGAAACGCGUCGAAAGUGUGCAACGCUCUCCGCUUUACACGCUCGUUGGCGAAACCAUGUCGGGAAUGGUCACCAUUCGUGCAUACAGCGAUGGAGAGCGCGUCAUGCGCCAGUGUCUGAGUUUGGUGGAUCAGUGGAACCGAGCGUUUAUCAUGCUCUGGUACGAGAACCGCUGGCUGAGCAUGUGCACAGAUCUGACAGGUGCCGGCGUCACCUUUAUAGCCUCGUUCCUGCUGCUUGUCGGCACGGCAGAUGCAGCACUGGCUGGGUUUACCUUGUCGUAUGCUAUUAGCUUGGUCGAAGUGGUCUUGUGGCUCGUUCGCCUCUAUUCUGCCAUGGAAAUUGACAUGAACUCUGUGGAGCGCAUUGGCGAAUACAUUGAUAUUGACGCGGAAAAUCAAGGGGGGGAGGUGCCACCGGCGCAUUGGCCUACCGACAAGGGCCCAGUGCAAGUAAAAAAUUUGUCGGUACGGUAUGGCCCGGAAUUUCCAUUUGCACUAAACGAUGUUUCUUUCACGAUUCAGCCUGGCGAGAAAAUCGGCAUUGUGGGCCGCACGGGAAGCGGCAAAUCAACCCUUUCCUUGUCCUUCUUCCGUUUUCUCGAGGCGGAGAAGGGGUCUAUUUUCAUUGAUGGCAUCGAUAUCUCUACUAUCACGCUUGAGUCGCUCCGUAAACGCCUCACAAUCAUCCCACAAGACUCACAGUUGUUCCAAGGCACCAUUCGUGCGAACCUCGAUCCAUUUGACAAGUUUGAGGACGGCGAAAUGUGGUUUGCUUUGCAAUGCUGCCAAAUGGCUUCUGGUGUUCUCCAAGAUGUAUUUACACCGGAUGGAAGCAGCGUGGUCAAAUCGCUUGAUGCCAAUGUCGGGCAGGGCGGCUCGAAUUUCAGCGCUGGACAGCGCCAGCUCUUGUCUCUGGCGCGAGGCUUGCUCAAGAUGCGGGAGAGCCGGCUGUUAAUCUUGGACGAAAGUACAGCAAAUCUUGAUUCCGAAACGGAUGCUUUGAUUCAGCGCACGAUUCGCGAGCAGAUCGCGCCGGGCGCUACAAUUAUCACCGUGGCACACCGCUUAAAGACAAUUAUUGAUUACGACAAGGUGCUUGUUCUUGGCAAGGGAAAAGUGCUUGAAUAUGGAACGCCGUCUGCGCUAAUUGCUGAAGCAUCGAGCGCAUUCUAUGAAUUGUGCCAACAAUCUGGUAACUUUGACGAUCUUGUCAGCGCUGCCAAUGCUCACGCGCAUGCGCAUGCAUUGCGUGCGACUUCGCAUACCGCGCACCUUCAGCUACCCACUGCGCUUGGCACGGUGUGCCGAUCUCCGUACGCACGUACUGUGGCACUGCGGCCCUUGGCUGCAUUCGGCCCGCAGACGCUGCGCACGUACGCAACUGAGAGCAAGGACGCAGUACCCAAAGUGUCGGCGGAAUACAUUGGCAAUGAGAAGAGCGCAGAAGAGCCUCCUCCCAGCGGCGAAGAGCUGCCAAAGGAGGGAUUUCGCGCCAAGAUGAGACGCCUUACAAAGCAAUAUGGCUGGUGGUCUGUCGGCAUAUACAUGACACUAGGAUGCAUAGACUUUGGAGUCACCUUUGCAUUGAUCCACAUUUACGGAGGCGAAAGAGCUAUCGAACUGGAGCGCAUAGUGCGCAAGUGGCUACAUCUCAGUCCAAAGUCUGAGCAGACAAAUGUUACAGGGUCGCCCGAUGCAAACAAGACUGAGCGACCUCUUGUGUCUGGCGAGGAGUCGCCAAAAGGCGAACUGAUGGGCCAGCUUGCCACCGAGUUCGUCCUGGCCUAUGGAAUUCAUAAAACAAUAUUGCUCCCGGUGCGUGCGGCGGCCACUGUAGCCAUUACACCGACAAUAGUCAAAUGGCUCAUCCGGAAGGGAUGGGCGCGGCCUAUUGCAAGCAAAGUUGCAGCCACAGCGGGUACGCAUGUCACCGUACGGAGUGCAAAGGCGUAG